AGAGACUAUAAGUGCCAACGUUGCUAAAAGAAGUUACAGUGCAGAUUAAAGGGCUUCAGAGAGCGAGCGUCCCCAAGUCUCGAAUGGCUGUGUUAACUUCUGUCCUUGAGCGCCUAGCCUCGUUUAAAGCCGCUCACCAGAUGCCGGCUGAGAUGUUCGUCAGCAAGCUUGUCGAGGCGGGGUUCUUCUACUCUCACAACACCAGAACCGUUGUGUGUGCUGGCUGUGGUACAACAUCUCCCAUAGCCGAGUCUCACUCCAACGGGGAUAUAACAGUUCUGAGAUCAAGCAAGUAUCAUUCAACUGGCUGUAGUUUUGUUGCCCCCACCCCAGACCUGGCCGGACACCACCUCAACCUAACCGGCACCAGGAGGUUACAGGACAACGGACUACACUCUCAACAUGAAUCAGCAGCACGUGUGGAGGGUAGAGAGGAGAUGACGCUGACAACUGAAAUCACAGAGGAAAACCACAGCCCGUGUGAGAGGAGAUUGAUAGAACCAGAUGAUUUCAGCAACGAUGGUGAACCUGUCGACAUGAGCACUAUACAAAUAGAUCUGGCUGUGGACGGGUUUCAUGCAUCUCCGGGCACCAUGGAGCAGACGAGCCUGACAAGAUCUACUCACAUACAGCAGACGAGCCUGACAAGAUGUACUCACACUCCACAAGAAACAAAACCACAAUCAGGAACGAGAGACCCAGGCUAUUUCUGCGAUGCUGCUGACGCCUCUCCUGCAGAAAGCUGGGGGUCAGAACCCGAGCACCUGACCCUCCCUCGCACACACACCACCCCCGCCUCCCUCUCCAGCACCUCGUGCCAGAAAAACCCCGGACAUUUCACCCACUUCCCCCUGACCAAGCUGACCCUGGAACAUCUGCCGGCACAAGCUCGCCACCAUAAGGUCCUCAGGUUCCUUCAUCUCCUGGGGGUCCUGACCGUCAGGGUCGUCUGUCACAGCGUCAGUCAUCAUGACAGUGACACGAUUUGUGUCGGCACUGGCAUGGUUGCCUUGGAUAAUUUUCAGAAAAAUUCCAAUCAACCCGACCAACACAAAGACCGGAAUAAACUUGACAGUGUCAAGAAAUACUUGUCAACACUUGUAAAAAAAGACAAGGAGCUGAUCUACAUCGUGACAAGUCGUCACGUGGUCUCCACCGACGAGCAAGCCAAAAAUUCCGUUGUUGAGUUUUUCUUUGACGACCCCGGCAGAAAAAACGUGAAAAUAGCAAAAGGCGUGUCAAUAGUUCCCAGUCACGUGAUAGGGGACAACAAAUCAAUCCUUGUGUGUAAGACAUCAGAUCACGGUUUAGUGAAACAGAUCAGCCAAGCCGGCCAAAACUUGCUGGAGCUGGCCAGGGAUUUGCCGAGACAGGUGAAGCAGUGUCUCACCAAGAAGGUCUUCAUAAUCAGCCACCCUCACGGCCUGGAGAAAUUUGUCUCCUAUGGCGACUUCGUGGUGGUCAAGUACGAUCUGGUGGGGGAGGGCCGCAGGAGGAAGCUGGUCAAGAUCAACACUUUACAGGGUGCACACAGUGCCAGACAGGUGUGUCUGUAUGCUGCAGAUACCUGCCCAGGGACGUCUGGUGCCCCGAUCGUUACGUUUAAACCAGGUCACAGGGACACAAACGGCGCCCAUGACCUGCAGCUGGAUUUGUGGAUACAUGAUGGGAUGGAUAAGACCUACAAGCUAGGUGGAUCUGUCAUGAAAGAAAUCACAAAUGAAGAUCUUCUCAAUGAGAACGUCUCAACAACACGGCCAAACUUACAGGAGCAGAUAAGUGAUGACGAUGCAAGUACCAACGAUAGGGUAGUUACUUCCCCUAUUUAUAAAGUACUCAGCACACCAACGUACUCUGCCUACAUUGCCUACCAACAGCGUCUGGCAAGUUUUAGGCAAUGGAAUUUCCAGCACAUCCACAGGCCUGAAGUUCUGGCACAUGCCGGCUUUUUCUAUGCCGGUUAUGCUGAUUGCAUCCGUUGUUUCCAGUGUGGCCUUGGCCUCAAGUCCUGGAAACCUGGCGAUGACGUAGUGGAGGAACACAGGAAGUACAGAAACACCUGUCCUUACCUGCUGGCUAACGAUAAGGAUGGAACUAGUACUGCAGCCCCUGAUGAUCAAUUAGAGAAUGAAAUCAACAACUUUUCCGACGACUCGACCCUCCAGGUGUUGAAGAGAGAAAACACCAAACUCGAGCAGCUGUUGAAGUGUAAAGUGUGCUUCAAGGCCAACGUCAAGGACCUUUUCCUCCCUUGUGGUGAGCUUUACGCAUGCGCAGACUGCUCGAAAUUACUGACCCAUUGUCCAUCUUGUCAGAAGCCAAUUUUAGCGACUGUCCAAACGUUCUUUGGUUGAACUGUGCAGAUAAAAAUUACAUUUCUGCUGUCGAACAUAAACUAUGGCCGCGAGUCUUUGAGCACCAGAAACGCAUCAUUGACAAAAGCUGCUGUCUAAUCACGUCUUUAACGGAUGACGUUUGAUUUGUCUUACAUAAUUAACGACAGAGGUCUCGAUGACAUUUUUGUUUAAUUUAAAUGUCAAAAUAAAUUAAAUUUGUUUGGUCUAAUAUUUAAGAUUAACACAAUAUGUAUCGUGUGUCUAACGAUCAAAAGUUUGAAUUCUACUUCCAAGAUAUGACAAAAUGGCGAACAAAACACAAUUAAAAAUAUUGGAAAUUUUUGUUUUUGUUUAUUAUAAAACAAAUCCCGCUAGCAGUUAUAAAAGCACUGUUAUCAAUUAUUAUCGAAAUAGACGAAAAUUAACUUUAUCGUCAAAUUUUCUAGUUAGCACUGCAGCCAUAACCUAGCUAAUAGUCUGCUCUCUACUGCUUCUAAUUAUGUUAAGAAAAUCUUUUAUGCGCAUUUAAAAAUAAUGUCCAUUCAAGGAACGGCAACGUGUAUUUUUUGUUACUCAGGAAUUCAAGGGGUGCUAGAUUUAAAAUAUUGACAAAUUAUUCUUUUUUUUUAAAAAAAAAAGAUAUACGAUUUUGUCUAAUGUUACUGUCGAAUGUUAUGCACUUUUUAAUAUUUUUAGUAAUAAUUAUAUUUUACCCGAAUUUUCUUGUCAAAUAAAAUAAAAUUACGAGUCAUUUUAAACUGGCAUUAGUAAAUGACAUGAGAGUGUAAAGGGCAUGACAUGAUAAUAUAAAAAGUUAAACUCUCUCAAUUGCCAUUUUCAUUUGUUAAUGAAAUAAUUGAUAUUUAAAAUCAAUACAUGUUGUUACGUUUUAGUAAGAAGAAAAUGUAAGCAUUAACGCACUGCUCAAUAAACAAUGAAGCAUAAACAA